AUGUCUUCAUUAUCAGAUGCAGACUACCAAUGCAAACAUGGAGACACGAUCUGUGAGAUCCGUGUGUACGAGCAGGAGGUGAUCAUUGUGCCCAUCCUGCUGCUCGCCAGCUUCCUGGUCACUCUGGUCUUCAUUCUCCUGCUGCGAUACUGUCCAGAGAAAGUUGACCGAGUCCGGCCGAAGUCCUCAAAGCCGACCACCAGGAGAAUUCUGCAUGGCAUCGAUGCUCCACCAGGUAUCAAUGUCCUGGAGCAUGAAAGCAUCGCUCUGGACAUGCCCAGUACCUACUCCACGUUCCACCCCCCAAACACCUACCCCUCCAAAACCCUCUCCACGCCUGUGGCCACACCCUCUUUCCCGGCCAGCCCUGCACCCCAGCCCGUCAAGGCCAGUUUCACUCCCAUCGUGCAGCCCAGAGAGCUGCCCCGUCAGAGGCUGCCCGAGUCCUUCAACCUGGUCACCCCUCUGCCUACUGCCUUCUCCCUGCAGUCCAACUCCUCGGUGUCCCUCUACAGGGCCCGCAUGGAGAACAGGAAUGUGGUGCUGCGAGUCCUAAAUGACUCAGCAGAUGCCUCAGAGAGACACAACUUCCUGGGCUUUGCGUCCUUCCUGGCCCAGCUGGGACCACACCCCUUCCUGCCAGAGCUGCUUGGUGUGGUGUCACUUCGAGCUCCUCUGGUUACAGUUGUAGAAGAGCUGGAGAACAGAGACCUGCUCAGCUUCCUGUGGCGAUGCAGACAGGAUCAUGUGGAUCCUCCAUGUGAGAUGACUGAGAGAAGAAUAUUUACCAUGGCCAAACAGGUGGCCUCUGCCCUGGAGUUCCUUCACAGCAAAGAUCUCCUUCACGGAAACAUUCGUGCACGCAGCAUUCUGGUCAGCAAGGAGUUCACAGCCAAGCUUUGGGGCCUGCACGGCGUCUACACAAGGAAGAACCAGGGAGUCACUCAGAAAGAAGAUCCCAGCAUGAAGAAAUGGCAGGCGCCAGAGCUGUUGGCCAGGAGACCUGCCAGUCAGAGCAGCGACAUCUGGUCAUUUGGUGUCUUACUGUAUGAAAUGGCAACAAUGGGUGAAGCUCCAUUUGCAGAAAUCCCAGUUACUGAGCUUCUUCAGUUUCAUCAACGAGGGAAAAGUCUGAAAAAACCUUCCAACUGUUCCAACACGCUACACGCCAUCAUUAAGGGUUGCUGCCAGUGGAAGGAUCAAGAUCGACCCUCCCUGGCUGAGGUGAACCGCAAACUCCUCUCAGGAGAGAAAAGUGCCUCAGAAAAAGUCCUCAAGGCGCCUGGGACAGUUAACAUUGAGCAGUACCUGCAGGAAGCAGGAUACGGGGAAGCUAACAGCUACACUGUCUUCUGA